ACCGAGAUGGAGUUCUCCUUCUUCUACGACACCGUUCUCUGGAGGACAGGGAUCCAGACGGACAGCGUGCUCUCGGCCCGCCUGCAGAUAAUCCCCAUCUACAUCCGCGAGGACGGACGGCUGGUCAGCGAGUUCAGGACGCAGGCCAAGUUCAGAGGUGAGGGCAGUGAUCCUGGCAGGGACACAGAGCAGGGUCACACAGAGCUCUGCUCUGACGGCACAGGCAGCGGAACGAGUCCCUGUCCCUGCCGGGAGCCCCUCUGGCCCUGCGAGGUGGGGCCUCUCCGCGCUCUGCCUCCCGUCACCUCCUUGUCCUCCCCCAGCGCUCUGCUGUGGAGUGCUCAGACUUUUGAUUCUCCCUACCAGCUCUGGAGAGCAACCAGCUCCUACAACAGGAAGGAUUACUCUGGAGAAUACACCAUGUUCCCGAUCCCCUGCACGGUGCAGCCCACGCAGCCGUGGGCAGAGCCUGGAGCCAAGCCCCUGCCCUGCACGGCUCACGCUCCCGAGCGGUUUUUGAUCCUGAUCACCUUCCAGCAGACAAGCCGCCCAGUUCCAGUUGUUUACUCCCAGAACACAAGAGUUUCAGAUCUGUAA